AAAAUAGAACGCCCGAUGACUCAGGAUCACUAUAAUAGAGAGUUCUUUAAAGACAACAUAACUAGGACGCCCUUCAACAAUCUACACCACCGAGCUUAUAUUAUCCCCCGAUUUUCACUUUUCCUCUCGACUGUGAUUCGAGUCAAGGUGGAAAUGGAGCGCAGAGACGGCUGCAGGGUUCUUCUGUGUCUUUUUCUGGUUUUCUCUGUGGUCUCCGCCGAGAUUUUCUUUGAGGAGCGAUUCGACGAUGACUGGGAAAAUCGCUGGGUAAAGUCUGAUUGGAAAAAGGAUGAAAAUUCAGCGGGAGACUGGAAUCACACUGCUGGAAAAUGGAGUGGCGAUGCAAAUGACAAAGGCAUCCAAACCUACCCAGAUUAUAGAUUCUUUGCCAUCUCUGCACAGUUUCCCGAGUUCAGUAACAAGGACAAAACAUUGGUCUUCCAAUUUUCUGUCAAACAUGAGCAAAAGCUUGACUGUGGCGGUGGUUAUAUGAAAUUAUUGAGUGGUGAUAUUGAUCAAAAGAAGUUUAGCGGAGACACACCUUACAGCAUUAUGUUUGGGCCAGAUAUUUGUGGAUAUGCUACCAAGAAAGUACAUGCGAUAUUGACCCGUAAUGGGAAGAAUCACUUAAUAAAAAAAAAGGUGGCUUGGGAAACAGAUCAACUCAGCCAUCUCUACACUUUCAUCAUCCACCCCGAUUCUAAGUACAGCAUACUUGUCGACAAUGUUGAGAAGCAAUCCGGUAGCCUUUAUAGUGAUUGGGACCUUCUCCCACCAAAGCAAAUUAAAGAUCCUGAUGCCAAAAAACCUGAAGACUGGGAUGAUAAAGAAUAUGUUCCCGAUCCCGAAGACACGAAACCAGAGGGUUAUGAUGAUAUUCCCAAAGAAAUAGCUGAUGCUGAUGCUAAAAAGCCUGAAGAUUGGGACGAUGAGGAAGAUGGAGAGUGGACUCCACCCACCAUUCCAAAUCCCGAGUACAAAGGACCAUGGACGCAGAAGAAAAUUAAGAACCCAAAUUACAAGGGCAAGUGGAAGGCUCCCCUGAUUGACAACCCAGAUUUCAAGGAUGAUGCUGAUCUCUAUGUUUUCCCCAAUUUGAAGUAUGUUGGAAUUGAGUUAUGGCAGGUGAAAUCUGGAACCUUAUUCGAUAAUAUUCUCAUCUGUGAUGAUCCUGAAUACGCCAAGAAGGUUGCUGAAGAAACCUGGGGAAAAAACAAAGACGCGGAGAAGGCUGCUUUUGACGAAGCUGAGAAAAAGAAAGAAGAGGAGGAGAAAGCUGAGGAUGAGAAGGAUGAUAUAGAUGAUGAUGAUGAUGAAUCUGAUGCCGAGGAAUCUGAUGUUGAUGAUGAUGCCAAGGAACAUCAUGAUGAUGAUGAGGAUAAAGAUGAAGAGGGCACAAGCCAUCAUGAUGAACUAUAGAUGGAAGCAGUGCUGCCUUUGCAACCGGAGAAGGGCAUGUUUGGAUUAUCCCCUAUUUGGGGGUUUAAGGGAGUUUAGUGGUAGUUUGAAUGGUUGAGCCGAGCUGCUCUUCUUUCUUAAUUUCAGACAAUUUUUUUUGUAUCGGCAUAUAAAGUCCUCAAUGGAAUUUGCUUUUAAUGUUUUAUGAUUUUGAUUACAUAAUUGCAUGCGUGCUUUUUUUUUUUUGGUCGGGAUGUAGUUUUCUCCUAAUAUUUCAAUCUAAUAUCUUGGGUUGGCUGU